UCGACACAACCACCCAAUAAUAACCUAAGCAUAACAUAACAAGAUAACCCCAUUUCUCUGAAACCAUCCCUCCCGCUGAACGACGACGUUUAACUGCUUCAUCUCUCCGAUUACAUGGAGGCCGAGAAGAGGAAACGGGCUGACGACGGAGAACUUGAUGGAAAGAGGAUGAGGUUAGUCAGCGAAGAUAACGGAAUUGUGACGGAGCUUGAUCCGGAGCCGGAGGACGAUGAGGUAGAGGAGUUCUAUGCGAUUCUGAGGCGGAUACAGGUGGCAGUCAGGUACUUUGAGAAUGGUCGCGGCGGCGAUGGAGGCCGUCGCCGCUGUGAAGUGGUGGCGGAGGGGUUGUCCACGUCGAGCGCUCCGUCGUUCGAGCGACAAGAUUUUGCGGAGGCGGAGGCGGAGACGGAGGCAGAGGAGGGCCGGGUCAAAGAGGUAGAAGAGGACACGGGUUUGGAUCUUAACGCCGACCCUCUAGAAUCCGAAGAUUAACACUAUAAAAAAGUUUCUAACAACAAACACAGAGAUAUAUCUGUUUAGAAUAAAAAAUUAUAUUAUAUUUUGUAAUUUAGAUUUAUUUUAAGUUAAAUUACAAAUAUAGACCUUUUGUAUAUAUGUUUUUGAGAGUAAAUUACAUCAAUACUUGUUAUAUUUUAA